CCGAGCUCACCGCCCGGGCCAGCCCCCGUGAGGCCGCGUGUGGCCGCCCCGGCCGGAGGAGGCCUGCGGGAGCCGCCCGCCCGCAUUCAUGGCACGCACCAUGGUGGAUCUGUGCUGGAAGCUGUCUGUCUGCUUUUUUUGCUAUCGAGUUGUCUCAGGAAGAGUUCAGAGGGAAGGGCAUUAUGUUGCUGCCGUGUAUGAACACGAGUCCAUACUGAGUCCUAACCCCACAGCCCUGGUUGAUCGACAGUCUGCACUGGAACUCAUGGGCAGAAACCUGGACAUUUAUGAGCAGCAAGUACUGGCUGCUGCAAGACAGGGGGCACAGAUAAUUGUUUUUCCUGAAGAUGGAAUCCAUGGCUUCAACUUCACUAGAAGCUCUAUUUAUCCUUACUUGGAUUUUGUUCUGCAUUCACACUCUGAGAAGUGGAAUCCAUGCAGAGAGCCGUAUUUGUUCAAUGACACAGAGGUUCUUCAGCGUCUGAGCUGCAUGGCACUGAAGAACAAAAUAUUCCUCGUGGCAAACUUAGGAACUAAGCAGCCCUGUGAGCACAGUGACCCUCACUGUCCAUCUGAUGGGAGAUACCAGUUCAAUACCAACGUGGCAUUCAGUGAUGAGGGGGUGCUGGUAGCCACGUAUCGCAAACACAAUCUGUACUUCGAAUACGCUUUUGAUGCCCCUCCAGAGCCUGACUAUACAUUCUUUGAUACCCCUUUUGCUGGCAAGUUUGGCAUGUUCACUUGCUUUGAUAUACUCUUUUUCGAGCCUGCAGUGAACCUCAUCAGACAAUACAAUUUGAAACAAGUUGUGUAUCCGACCGCCUGGAUGAACCAGCUCCCACUCCUGUCUGCUGUAGAAUUCCAACAAGCUUUUGCAACAGCUUUCAAUGUCAAUAUUCUAGCAGCUAAUAUCCACCACCCUACCUUGGGCAUGACAGGGAGUGGCAUAUACACGCCAGUCGAGUCCUUCAUCUACCACAACAUGGAGAGUUAUGGUGGCAAGCUCAUAGUAGCAGAAAUACCUGUGAUUUCCACUGAUUACAAAACCAAGUUGGAGAGUAAUGGAAGAUUCAGAGAGAACUUACAUCACUUAUGCAAGACUUCCACAAGUACCUCAACAGAUGAUCAGGUUUGCUUUAAGGAGGGAAAAGAGGUACCCAGAAGAGUAUCAGAAACUGAACACUUGCCUCCCCUUUUUUAUGCAGAAAUGAUGUAUGACAACUUUACCUUUGUUCCUGUAUGGGGGGAAAAAGGAGAGCUCCAGGUUUGUGCCAACAGCCUCUGUUGUUACUUAAAUUAUCAGAGAGCUGUUUUAACUGAUGAAUUAUAUGCUUUGGGAGUUUUUGAUGGGCUGCAUACAGUGCAUGGCACAUACUAUGUCCAGGCCUGUGCAUUAGUGAAGUGUGGGGGUCUCAGCUUUAGCACUUGUGGACAGGAGGUUACAGAUGCCACUGCUCUGAUAGACUUCCAGCUAUGGGGAAAUAUGAGUACCCCUUAUAUCUUUCCUUUACUGCUGACAUCUGGUAUUACCUUGGACUUUGCUGAUGACAUGGGCUGGAAAAACCACCACUAUUUCAUAAGCAAAAAUAGAACAUCUUCUGGCCUCCUGACAGCUGCUCUCUAUGGACGAUGGUACGAAAAGGACUAGCACAGAUAUUUGACUGAAUCAGGAAAAAACUGCCUGUAUGUUCAAAGUAGACAUCUUAACAUAAAUUAUUGAACAUUUGUACUUCCUAGGACUUCAGGUAUGUUUGUUAAAUGAUGACUGAUUAGAUUCCACAUUUGAAAUGGUAAGUGAAGCACUUAACCUAAGAGGCUGUCAGUACAGUCUGUACCUUGGUUGCUUAUGUUCUGCCAGACAUACAACAACUGCCUUGCAGAGAUAAAGGCUUGCUGUAAUGAGUUGAGAGCUUUUGUAUUGGGAAACUAGUAUGUACCAUUUCAACCUAAUUUGUUCAUUUUAAUUUAAUUCUUUGGUUUUCUGGCAUCCUGACCAGGAGUAUGGAAAUGAACGGAAUGGAAAAUCAGUGCAAAAGGAAAAAAAGUAGGAAGGGGAACAAAGAAAGAUAUAAAUACCGUGCAUGACAUGCAUGAAAAUAAGGAUGUAUACAUACAUACAGGUUGUAUAUGCUACAGUUCUGAGUUCUGGUCAGGAUGCCAGGAUGUGUUUUGUUUCUAAGAGUCAAAACCUCCAGCUGAAAUCAUUACCAUUUACUGGCCACUCAUUUGUCUGUAAUCCUGUUAAAAAACGCAGUGAAUUUUCUUACAUACUUCUAUCAGUAACUGAAUGUUAACAGUUGUGAACAUCUAUGGAACAGAUGGGUAAGAGAAUACCAAAUAAUUGUGAAAAGCUAGACUGCAUUAAGAUACAAUUUCCAGCCUAUUGUGCAAGUAGUUGUGUUUAAAGAAAACCUUCCCUGGUUAAGAGAGUUCAUUUCAAGACUGUCUUGACUUUAAGACAUCUUACACAUUGCUCAUAAAUUCAUUCAACAAGAGCUAUGAAAAGCACAUAAUGAAUUGUGGGGUAGCAAGGUUUUUACAUAAAUACUUGGUGUGCCAGAUGGCAGGUUCCUGCUGCUAAAUGAGUAAAACACACCAUUCCUUCCAGAGCAGGAACUAGAUUAAGUGCUAUAAAUAUUGUACUGCAGUGACGAACAGUUCUACUGCAGUGUAGAAGUUGGGAAGAAAUACUCAAAGGAUAUCAAUUUGGGGUUAAAUUCAGAGAAGAUAAUUUAUUCUCAAGUGUUAAAAUUUUGUGUGGUCUUAUUGGCCGAUAUGACUUCAUCUGCCUAAUAGCUGUCAAGUAAAGGAAUAAACACAACUGUUCCUUUGGUGGGU